UGCUGGGUGUGACUGUGCAUCCAUCCACCUCUAUUAGUGUUUGCAGCAGCAGGAAUCUAUAAGAGAAGACCCCAGUGUCUCCAGUGAGGGUGACCCGGAGCCCCCCACCCUGUUCUCUCCUGCACCGUCCACCCCACCUCCAGCUCUGUCUCCUCCUCCCUCUCUGCCUGGAUCCCCCUAGAGCUGAGUCAGGCGUUACCUCUCCCUUCCACAGCAUUGCAGUACUCCGCCACCCAGCACCAUCUCCACGCCGCAUCCUUCAGCACCAUGGUCAGCACCGUGUCAGCAUACAAAGAGAAGAUGAAGGAGCUGUCGAUGCUGUCCCUGAUCUGCUCCUGCUUUUACUCGCAGCCUCAUCCCAAGACAAUCUAUGAGUAUGAAGACAUGGAGGUGAAGCAGCUCAACAAGAGGUCGUCAGGGCAGAGCUUCGAGGUGAUCCUGAAAUCUCCUUCAGAUUUAUCCCCGGAUGGUCCCCCACUGGCCAUCUCCCCCAGGAAGAGGGAGGUCUCCUUAGAAGAAUUACAAAAGAGGCUGGAGGCUGCGGAAGAAAGGAGGAAGACUCAGGAAGCUCAAGUGCUGAAACAACUUGCUGAGAAGAGGGAACACGAGCGGGACGUUCUCCACAGGGCAAUAGAAGACAAUAACAAUUUCAGUCGAAUGGCUGAGGAAAAACUCAACUACAAGAUGGAGAUGAGCAAAGAGAUACGUGAUGCCCAUUUGGCGGCUCUCAGGGAGCGUCUCCGUGAGAAGGAGCUGCAUGCAGCAGAGGUUCGCAGGAACAAGGAGCAGCGGGAGGAGAUGUCCGGAUAAAAGUUGCCGCUGCCGCAGACUUUCAUGCCAGCUCCUGAAAACAGCAAACAAAACUAUUUUGUGUACAUGUCAUCAGUCACUUCAUCUCACCCUCCCAGUCUUACCCUUAAUCUCCCCCCCCCCCCCUUACCUCCUGAUCUGUUAUCAUCAUGACCCAGUUGCCAUGGAGUAAUGAGGUUCAUAAGGUUAUGCCAUACAGUUCGCACGUCUGCAGAUUCUUCCAGAGAAUUAUGCCCCUUGCAUAUUUUUAUUUUUCAAACCAUAUAAAUUACAAUUGUUCGAUCA